GAUAGCACUUCAUGUCACUCCAAAGAGUAAAUAUCUGAAGUUAUGGAUUAACUAAGUUCCAGCAGAGCUCAUGGAGGAAGAACAGAUCACACUCAUUCCCACUGAAUAAAGUAGUGACUCCUGCUGCAGGAUGUGGAAGCUCCUCACUGUGGGGCUGCUGCUGGCUGCCUGCUCUUCACGGGGCUGCGGCACCUCAAUAUUUUACAACAGUAAAGACGCAAACCAAGUCCUGAGAAUCCAGAAGCGGGCAAACACUUUCCUGGAGGAACUCAAGCCAGGCUCUGUGGAGCGUGAGUGUGUUGAGGAGUUCUGUGACUUUGAGGAGGCCAGUGAGAUAUUUGAAACCAGGGAAGCAACACUAGAUUUUUGGAGCAAGUAUGUAGAUGGAGAUCAGUGUGAGAAACAUCCUUGUUCCAACGGGAUCUGCAAGGACAAUAUUGGAAAAUUUUCCUGCAUCUGUAACAAAGGCUGGGAGGGGGUUUUAUGCGAUUAUGAGGUCAAAUACAGCAACUGUUCCUUGGAUAACGGGGGCUGUGAACAUUUCUGCAGGGAGGACCCUGCCGAGCAGCAUCGCUUGUGCAGCUGUGCGUCGGGGUAUCAGCUCAAGGAUGACCACACCUCCUGUGAGCCUGUAGUGGAGUUCCCCUGUGGAAGAGUGAAGUCAGACUACAUUGAAGCCAAAGCAGAUUUCAAUAUUCGGCUCAUUGAUGGAACAGUUGGAAGAAGGGGAGGCAGCCCUUGGCAGAUUAUGCUGCAAAAUACCAAAGGGAUGUUUCUGUGUGGGGGUGUUCUCAUCCAUCCAGCUUGGGUCCUAACAGCAGCACACUGCCUUGAGGAACACAAGGGAUUCAGAGUUAAACUUGGUAAAUUCCAUUUCCGUUCUGAGGCAGAUGAGCAAACCAUUUGGAUUGAUAAAUGGGUGACCCACGAAAAUUACACCAAGAAGACCUCAGAUAAUGACAUAGCCAUGCUGCACUUGGCUGAGCACGUGAUGUAUUACAAAUACGCGCUGCCAAUCUGCCUUCCCACCCGCAACCUGGCGGAGCAGGAGCUGAUGAGGAGUGGGAAGCAGGUGGUGGUGACGGGCUGGGGCACCGUGAGCGAGCGUAACAACAGCUACGCUGCUUCCCUCAGGUACAUCGAAAUCCCCAUCGUGCCCCGGAACGAGUGUGCCCAGGCCAUGAGCUCCCAUAUCUCUGACAACAUGCUGUGUGCUGGGAGCCUGGGAGACAGGAAAGAUUCCUGCAGUGGGGACAGCGGGGGCCCUAUGUUCAGUAGAUAUAAGGAUACUUGGUUUUUGGUAGGACUGGUGAGCUGGGGUGAAGGGUGUGGAAGGAAGGGCAAAUUUGGAGUCUACACCAAAGUUAGUCAGUACCUGGAGUGGAUUCAUCACCACAUAGAUAUGUCAGCUCCUUUGAAGGGUUGAUUCAGAUCCAGAGUCUGGAAUGUUGCGGCUCUGUGCUAGUGACAGUAUGCAGUGUAAUGUACUGUCAGAUCUUCAGUAUUAAAUAUUGAGUAAGUGUUAACCUUGUGUACUGUUUUCCUUGGUAUCUAUUUUUUUUCCUCGUUUUUUUUCUUGUUUUUGUUGAUUUGUUGCAGGCUAUGUUGUUUAUUUGUGGCGUGGUCCUACUUCAGCCUUACAGGCAAGAAAAUAUCCUCUGUUAGCUGAGAUGCUGUACAUACAGCAUUGUAGAAAAUAAGGUUGUCCAUUGUCAGACAACUUAUCUUUGAAAUAAAAAUGUCAUUUGUGUAAAGUGUCUGAACUGGUUGGGGUGGAGGCAGGAGGGGACAGAGAAAAGUGUUUUGCAAAUAACCCUAGAGAUGCAGUUCUGUCAUUUCACAUGUACUGCAAGGUACUACCCACAGUAACUAUUUUGGUUUGCUUAGUAUUUGGAUAAUUUUUCUUUUAACCCUGUGAAGUUUUUAUGUGUUAUUGCUACCUCCAGUUCUUCACAUCUCACUCCAGUGUUCACAGAUUGUUAAUUCAGCAGGUGACUGGAACUUACUGUAUUUACCAUUCUUUGCACACUUGAUGGUGGAUUUUACCCUCCCAAACUUCCUUAAAAGGGAAUGGGAACUUUCUUCAGUGUUAUUCACAAAAGCAAACAAACAAAAAAAGAAAAACAAAACCCAAAAAUGCCCCCAAAAACUUUAAUUUUGAGUUUUUGCAGGCUCUGUUUAUCGUGAAGUCUGUAAUUCUCUUC